UUAAUAGCUUUAUUGAAUAAUUUAGAGUUUACUCUACUUGAGCUUGCUUCACACCCUUCAUUGUGAUAUACUUUGAGAGCUCCUGAUCUCCUACAUAGCAUUUUGGGUUAGCUCUUCAAAGCUUUGGAGGGUAACAAGUCUUCACUAUUUCUUUUUCUUUAGUUGAGCGUAAUGUUUAGGGAGACUGCUAAUGUCUUGCUUCAAAGAGGGAUUUACCUUAUUCUCUUCUACCUUAAAAACAGUAUGGUUUACUCUUCUUUAUUGAUAAAAAAACUUAGCUUUAUCCUCUUCAACCCUAAUUGGUGAUGCUUCUUUCCAGCUUCUUGGAAGGGAAGGAGUGAUCUAUCGCUUAUGCAUGAAUUCUUCUGUCCCUUCUUGCUGCUGAGUGACUUCUCAGCCAUAUUGGUAAAGAUUCUCUGAGCUCUUGAUCAAUCAAGAAGAGACCUCCUCAUUGAGCUAGUCUUCUGAGAGAUUCUCAUCAACUGGGCUUUUAAGUGAGAUUUCACAUUUAAUAUAU